AUGUUUGUUCUUCUUCUUUUUAUUUCCAUUCAAAAUCUUCAUGCUCUAAUUUGUCAUUCAAAUGGUUCAUUUUAUUUUUCUCGAAAUGAAUUUAAUUGGAAUAAUUUUUCAUCUAUUUUACUUAAUAUUGAAAAUCAAAUUAUAUCAAAUAGUUCUUAUUGUCAUGUUCGAAUAACAGUAGAUUAUAAUAGUAAUGAAAAUAAUUAUGUUAUUAUAAAAUUUAAUUCACCAAUUAAUCAUUAUAAAACAAAUAUUGAAUUUGGUUCAACAAUAAAUUUUUAUAAAAAUGAAAUUCAAUCAAUUAUAAGUUAUCUUGAUUAUACUUGUUUAUCAGAAAAUUUCUGUGAUAAAAAUUUUCUUAAUAAAUGGGCUAAACAAUUACUCGAUACAAAUAAUAAUUCAUUACAUACUAGUUUUAUUUCCUUAUGGAAAAAUUCAAGUAGUACAUCAAAUAUAUGUAAUUCAAAACAAAUAAUAAAUCAAUGUGAAAGUUAUUUAUGUUUUAUUAUUUAUGAUGAAUUAAAAAAUCUUAGUUAUGGAAAAUCACAAUGUAAUGAUAAAUUAUCAACAAAUCCAGUUUAUAUACAUAUUAAAACACAUGGAGAAUAUUCAAAUGAUUAUCAAUGUAUAAAAAAUCAUUGUACUAAUCAAGUUAAAUAUAAUUCAAUAUUAGAAAAAAAUCAUACAGAAAAAAUAAUAAUUAAUAAAAUACAAAAAAAUUUAGAUGAAUUACAUAAAAUAAUUUUUAUACGAACAAUUACUAUUGUCGGAAUAUUAUUAUUUAUUGGUUGUAUUGCUUAUUAUAUUCAAACUCGAGAAUAUAGACAAGGUUAUAGAUUAGCAACAAUUGCUUAA